AUGGGGGAAGGGAGUGAAGAAGACGGUGGUGACGUAGUUGCAUAUAUUUGGUUUGGAGUGUUUUUAUAUGUGAAUGUUUCUUUCCUGUUUCCUUCUUUUCCUUAUUAUGUUGAGGCUCUAUUGCACAGACAAUUACCAUGGCCAUUUACCAUGUUGGCCAGGUUCAAUGCCUUCUGGUAUGCACAUCAUUUGCUGACCUUGGUCAAUGUCCAAAUGAUCAUGCAUAGUUACUUACUCAUCUUCGAAAAGCCCUGCUACCUGAAGACAACAUGGAUGUAUCUCCUGAUUCCAAUGUUAUUCUAUUCGAGCAAGAGAUUCCUUACCAGGUUCCAGGAACACAAGCAUAUCAUGAAUGUCAUUAAGGCUGUGAUAUAUACAGGAAAUGUUCUAGCUCUACAUGUGACCAAGCCUCCAGGAUUCAAGUACAAAAGUGGAAUGUAUCUGUUUGUCAAGUGUCCAGAUAUAUUUAAAUUUGACUGGCACCCCUUCUUCAUCACAUGGGCACCAAAAGAUGACUACUUGAGCGUACACAUUCGGACUGGGGACUGGAUUACAGAACUAAAAGAUAGAUUUCAAAAGAAAAUUAGAGGCAAUUUAAUGCAAGUUUGUGAACAUCCCACUGUGGAACCAAAAGGAGGAAAUUUAAUGAGAAUGGAAACUAGAGAGCAAUUAAAAUUAGUCUCAAGUAAAGACUAUGAACAGGAUCAAGCUAGAUUUCCAAGUAUCUUCAUUAAAUGGCCAUAUGGAGCACCAGCUCAAAACUAUAAGAAGUAUGACAUUCUCUUUCUUGUUGGUCUGGGCAUUGGGGCAACUCCAUUUAUCAGCAUCAUAAAAGAUCUAAAAUUUUUGAUAAAUACAGGAACGCCUAGAAAAGGAAAAUUCGUGUGGCUGUGUGAAGGCUCCUAAAAGUAUCCUGAAAGGGCAUAUUUUUGUUGGGUAAUUAGGGAACAAGACUCCUUCGAAUGGUUUAAAGGAGUCAUGGAUGAAAAUCUUUACCUAAAUUUAUUGCAGAAAAUGAUAGAAAUGCACAACUACUUAACUAGUGUGUAUGAAGAAGGCGAUGCUCGGUCUGCCCUCUUAUGCAUGGUGCAGAAAAUUCAACAAGCUAAGAAUGGAGUUGAUAUUGUCUCAGAAAGCAGGAUAACAACACAUUUUGCAAGAUCCAACUGGAGGAAAGUUUUCUCUCAAAUGGCUAAUACUCACCAAUCUCCUCCAAUAGGUAAAAGCAGCUGAAGCUAAUUUUACGCAUGCCGUGGAAGUGCUACACUUACCAAAGUAUUAAAGAAGCUAUGUCAAGAAUUUAGCCUAGAAACAUCAACUCGAUUCCAUUUUCAAAGAACUUUUAAAGUAACAGUUAUGUCAAACUACACAUAUCAAUUCAAGAAACUUGUUAUAGAGUGUUGA